AUGAUGGUGACAAAUGUCACCACAAUGAGUGGCUUCCUCCUCCUGGGGUUCUCUGACACCCCAGAGCUGCAGAUCUUACACACUUUGCUCUUCUUGGUGAUGUACCUGUUGGGCUUGGCAGGUAAUUUCAUCAUCAUCACAAUCACAACACUGGACUCUCCACUCCAAUCUCCAAUGUAUUACUUCCUGAAGCACCUUUCCAUUCUCGACCUCUCCUCCCUGUCUGUCACUGUCCCCCAGUCUAUUCACAAUUCCCUGACUGGCAGUGGUUACAUUUCCUAUGCCCAGUGUGUGCUGCAGGUUUUCUUCUUCACAUUCUCAGCCUGCGCUGAGGUGGCCAUUCUCACAGUAAUGUCAUAUGACCGCUAUGUGGCUAUCUGCCUCCCAUUGUACUAUGAGGUCAUCAUGGGACCCCAAAAGUGCAGGUGGGCUGUGACAGCUGUUUGGAUAAGUGGAGGCAUCUCAGGAACCUUGUAUACAGCAACCACAUUCUCUGUCACAUUUUGUAAAGCUAAAAUAAUCCACCAAUUCUUUUGUGAUAUCCCACAGUUGCUCAAGGUCUCCUGCUCCAAUAACUUCUUUGGAGUGGCUGUUUUCAUGACUGUGGUGGCAUUUACCUGCUUCAUUGCUGUCACCAUCUCCUACGUCCAGAUAUUCUCCACAGUUCUCAGAAUGCCCUCUGCUGAAGGCCGGUCUAAGGUUUUCUCCACCUGCCUACCCCACCUAUUUGUUUUCUUGUUUUUUCUAUCCACAAGUGCCUGUGCAUAUCUCAACCCAGCUUCAGACUCUCCAACUGCUCUCAACCUCGUGCUCUCUAUCUUUUACACAGUGCUACCCCCAAUACUCAACCCCAUCAUCUACAGUCUGAGGAAUGAAGCCAUGAAGGGGGCUGUAAGGAAGUUACUGUUGGGUAGAGAAUUCAUGGGAAUUUCAUAUAUGUGUAUUGUCUUUGCAUUAUUUCCAGUCCUCCCUGUCUCCCACCAGCUCCUCCUGUGUCCCCUGACUCUGUCUUAA